GCAGCCGACCGCCGCGUUAAAUAGAAAGCAGCGGCGAUGAGCGGGGCCAGAGCGCUGGAGCUGCCGCCCGCACGCCCGCCCCACGGGAGCCUCGGCUCGCUGCCGCCCCAGGCACGGCCCCAGCGCGGAGGAUGCUCGGCCGCCCGCCGGGGCCAGGACUAGCCGGCGGGCCAGCACCAGCCGCCGAGCCAGGAGCAGCCGGCGCGCCCCUCGCCGCAGCCCGCGCGGAUGCUGCGCGCCCCGGGGACGGCUCUGACCCGCGGCGCUCCGGGCCGAGGUAAGCGGGGGGGCUCGUCUCGUACGCGAGGGUCCUCGCGAACCGCGACCUGCAUGCAAAGGCUCCGGCGCCGCAGUUAGAAGAGGGCAGAUUUCGGACGCACGACAAGGGAGCCCAAGCCGUGGGGCAGGAGCAUGGUGGCUUUGAGGCUCUUUACCUUUUUUUUUUUGGUUGUUUUGGUUUUUUUUUUCGCUCCCCUUUUUGGCUCAACGGCCGUGCUCAACACGGUAUUAAAACACGAGAAAAACAACGAAGUGAACAAGGCGGCGGGCUUUGCAGCGCUCUUCCCCAAGGCCCCCUUACCCUCGCUCCGCGGCGGGCAGCGGAGCGGCUCCCGGGCCGAGCGCGGAGCGCGGCGGGCGCUGCGCCGGGACGAGCCGGGGCUGCAGCCGCACGCCAGCUCUGCCUUUCAGCCUCUGAGGACCGGCGAGCCCCGUGUUUGCUCAGUGCCCUUUGGAAAGGCACUGCAAACUCUCUCCUGGCCGUGGACGGCUUCUGCUAGGAAGAGCCGCGGGGUUUUUAGCUCUCGGGCUUCGUGGUGAUUUCUCAGCAACUUGCCUUGAAAUAGUAGCUGCUGGAGAGCUGCCCCGCCGUAGCCGCUGACGCUAUGGAAGACCGCAUCCGCUGGUCUCGCCUGUAGGAUGGUAGCGCACAGCAAGGUGUCAGCAGAUAACGCAGUUGCAGGAGACCCGAGAUGUCUGCUUGACCCUCCGGCCCGGGAUCGCUCACAGGCUCGAGGCUACCACGGCCCAGGCCGGCCCGGCACUCUGCAGGCACAGAGCAACACCCACUUCCGAACCUUUCGCUCGCAAGCGGAUUUCAGUAGCAUCACUCGAGCGAGCAGCUUGCUGGACGCCUGUGGCUUCUACUGGGGCCCUCUGACUGUCAGUGCAGCCCACGAGAAGCUGAAGUCUGAGCCCGAGGGCACCUUCCUCAUCAGGGACAGCACGCAAAAGAAUUGCUUCUUUGCCAUCAGUGUUAAGACUGCGACUGGGCCCACCAGCAUCCGGAUCAACUUUCAGACAGGGCGUUUCAGCCUGGAUGGCAGCAAGGAGUCUUUUGACUGUCUUUUUAAGCUGCUGGAACAUUACCUAAGCUCCCCGAGGAAGGUACUGGUUACCCCCCUGCGCAAAGUCCGCGUGCAGCCCCUGCAGGAGCUCUGCCGGAAGACCAUCGUGAAGACUUUCGGAAGAGAGAACUUAAACCAGAUCCCCCUCAAUCCCGUUUUAAAGGACUAUCUGAAAUCCUUCCCAUUUCAGAUCUAAGUACAGCAUUAACUGCGUAGGGACGUGUGAGAGAUGUGUCAAGAAAUCCAUCUUCCUGGAUUUUUAACCAUGUUUGACAGUGAGCAAACUUAUUUUUGUAGCAAUUUACUGUAUUUUGGGAUUGAACUUGAACACUUGACUUAUGUUUACAAAAACUGUUUGCACAAACCUGGGGUUUUAAAACCCUGGCAUAAUUUUUCUGCCAAGCAGAAUGGGUUUUUAUUUUAUAAUAUUUUUAAAGAUAUUAAC